AUGAAAAAAAACAAAUAUUUUUAACUAAUGAAAACAAACGAGACAGACAGUCUUCAGAAAUAAAAAAAAUCACUUCACAGAAAUAAAUCAAAAACAAGGAACAUGAACACGACAGGUGAGGAACAAGACGAACUGAAGCAAAGAAACUAAAUAGACUCAGGUGAUGGGAUCAGGGGAUGGGAUUCAACACAUUCAAGAUAAAAACAAACACAGAGAGACAAGAAGAAAAAUCUAAUAUAAACAUAAUAAAACAUAAUGUCCAACAAAGACUUCUACAAGUUCAUGAUCCUGGUGGGUCAUAACAGGAGGAGGGAGGAUAUACAUGUAGAUACUUUAUUGAUCCAAGCUGGAUCAAUAUAUAUAUAUAUACAUAUAUAUAUAUACAUAUAUAUAUAUAUAUAUAUAUAUAUAUAUAUAUGUAAAUAUAUGUACUAAAACCGCCACUGAGUAAUUAACUAACAUCAGAUGAUUUUCAAAUUGAGUAUGUUGAUAUUUUACAGUGCAGUGAUGCAGCAGGUUACCAUGGUAACAGCAACCUCCUCUCCCAGCAUGCAGCAGUAGUAACCCCCCCUCACAGAGCGGCAGCAGGGUGGAGCAGCAGACAGCAGACAGAGGCUGCAGCAGAGGACCUGUAGGAAUGAUGAUGGAUGGAGACUCCGCCCCCCUCAGAGAUGGCCCCGCCCAGCAGCAGCUGAUGGGAGAAAAACCAGCUGAAGACACUAUGAAGGCCUCCAGAACAGCAGGAGGCGCCAGAGCAGCCAAGAUGAUGUCGGCCAAGAGCACAGAGUCAGUAGAUGGCGUCAGUCCAGGAAGUCGUUCUCCUGUCAGCCGAUCUUCAACUCCAAACAAAGACGUGAAGAAGGUGGCGGUGGUCCGGACGCCUCCCAGGUCUCCUGGCUCUGCUCGUGGACGGACCCCUCCCCUCCCCUCUCACCCAAUGCCUGAUCUUAGCAACGUGAAGUCAAAGGUCGGAUCUACAGAAAACCUGAAACACACACCUGGAGGGGGCAAGGUUCAGAUUGUUAAUAAGAAGUUGGACGUCAGUAACGUGAUGGCAAAGUGCGGCUCCAAAGACAAUAUCCACCACAAAGCAGGUGGAGGGAAAGUGGAGAUCAAAUCAGAGAAGACGGAUUUUAAGACAGUUCAGUCGAAAGUCGGCUCUCUGGGGAACGUGACUCAUGUCCCAGGAGGAGGGAAGAAGAAGAUUGAAAGUCAGAAACUGACCUUCAGAGAAAAGGCCGCCGCUCGAACUGACCACGGGGCUGACAUCAUCAUCCAGCCUGGCUCCUCCCCUCAUCGCCUUAGCAACACUUCUUCCCCUGGAAGCCUUAAUGCUGCAGAAGCUCCUCCCCUGUACACUCUGGCUGACCAGGUGAGGGAUUUACCUGUUCACGCUCAAAACUCAAAAACAGAACAUUACAUAUUAACAAACUACUUCCUCUUCUCGUCAGGUGUCAGCCUCUCUCGCCAAACAAGGCCUAUGAUUGGACAGCCCCUGUGUCUUCAGACCCCGCCCCCUCCUGUUACCAAGGACACUGCCUGAUGAAAGAAAGAAAAAAAAUAUUCAGCCUUUUCUUCAUAAGCAUCUUCAUCACAGACGUGUUGAAGGGAUUUAAUGAGGUGAAACAAACUGAAGCUUUAAACGUCAGACAUUAUCAACCAAUCACAGCUCAGUAUGCCAGGUGAGUCCAUCCAGGUGUCCAGUCAGACAGCAAUAGUUUGAUAAACCCACCCUCUGUCUGUUUCCUCCUGUACAGAGCCAGGAUUACAGGGAAAAUGUUAGCCUAGCUUAGCAUAAAGGCUGAAAACAGAUGGAAACUGUUAGCCUAGCUAGCACAAAGACUGUUAGCCUAGCUCAGUAACUUAACGGACUGUCUGAAACUGUUGUACGGUGGAUUCUUUGUCCAAUGUGAUGGAGCAAAGCCUCCAGUCUUUAUGCUAAGCUAGGCUAAACAGUGGAUCUAUCACUAUACUGGGUGAAGAAGUUCUGGGACCAUGGGUUCUUUUAACACUGAAGGAGUUCCGGACCUCGUUGGCAAAGCAAAAAAAAGCCCUGAGACAGAAAAUUUCUUCAGUAAGAAAAUUGGUAAUAAGUGACAUUACUUGACGACAUACUAACAACCAAUGACAUCACAAACACAAAUCUGUUUCUAACCAAUCAGAAUAACUAGCCUGGAUUAGGCUUUUAGCUUUGCUCAUAGAAUCCCUUCAAUCACAGAAAGUCUCUGACUCUCAGCCAAUCAUCACCUCUCCUGUGUUUCUGCCCCUGUGAUGACCCUCACCCCUCAGCAUUAAAAAAUACCCAGAAAGCAGUUUAAUACCAGGUGCCAAAACUGUACCAGCAGUCUGCCUGUCGGCUGUUUCAGUGCUUUGUACCAAUAAAGUUUCUCUUGGAUCUGACCUGUUUGAUUUUGGGUGUAAAUAAAUGUAACUUGUUCAUA